GAAGGCAAGUAUUCCUAUUUGAAGGCUCCGGGUCGGAUUUUCCGCGAAAUCCAGUGACUGACACCUGCAUGCGCGCUCCCGAGGCUCUCGCUGUGUCUAGUGACUUUGCACUGAGCAGCGACGACACUGCAACUUAUGACAUGGAGUCUGCUAACACUAAGAAACGACCUGCUCCCAGCACAACACAGACUCCAACACAAACUCCACAUAAGGAUAAAAAAACAAAAAAAAGUUUUAUCUGCUGAAGCUCGUCAGGCCUAAUGUGAAUCGGAUCGACUUCGGACGAAAACACGGAUCAACAUAGGCAGGGCUUUUGAAUCAUGGAGAAACCUCCUCUUUGUUUUGGGUAUAAAAACAGACCCAGAGUUGGCUUUCAUCCUAUUGGACAGAAAUCGCCAGGCGAGGACAAAUGGAAGAGGUCCCGUUGAUCAAUAUGGAUGUGUCCGAUGGGCACCUCAAGAACUCCCCUCAGGGGAGACUGAUGAAACCCUACAAGAGAUGAAGACUCAGAUGCAGCAGCUAUAUGCCCAGGAAGGAAUGUCAGGCAUGGAGAGAGGAGCGCUUCAGAGAUGGCUUCAGAGAACCUACAUUCUCCAGCGUUGUGAUCUCAAUGCUGACCCUCCACACAGCGUCUCAAAAACUAAGGAUGACUGGCCCUUUCUCUUCUCCUUGAAGGGCCUGUUCUCGCAUUUCAGUGAACUGACCGGAAUUCCAAUCCAGGAGAAGCUGCCAGCUGCCAUAGACAACAGGAGUCAGAACAUCAUAGAGUACUUCCAACAGCAGAAGACACCAGGAGUGGGGAAGGUUCUGGAAGCCUACGAUGAAGAGAGUGGCAACAAAGCUAUCUGCACCAUUAUGUGCCUGCUUGCUCACUUCAAGGAGGGGGAUGGUAUCUUCCUUACGGCUGAUCCCUCUGCUACGGCUGCUGAUAUUGAGAGAGCUGUCACUCUGCCAAGCACACCUCGAUUAGUUGUACCAGGAGAGAUACUGCGCGGUGCAGAUAUGUGGGUUAUGUCCAUGGAAGGAGCAUGUGUGAUGGGGCCCCACAGCAACCUCCUGCAUGGAUUGGCAGCAGUCUUCGCUGCCUACUAUGUCUUCAACUUGCAAUAUCCGGCAGAAGCCGCAAGCACACUUGAAUUCAUUCAGAGAGCCUUUUGCAGCAUAAAUCCCCAGACGGGCAGCAAGGCAGAGAAAAGGCGAGGGCUGAAUGCACCAGUUUGCACACUUUUGAGGAAACUGCUGGAUUUUGAAUUGGUGGGCAGGGGAAAUUAGAGGACAUUAGUGGGCAGGGGACAUUGGGGACAUUAGUAUGUUUGACAACUCAUGUUCAACCAGUUUGGUACACUAAUAGUUUGUGCAUUGUGCACUCUGUUUUUUAAGAGAAAAUAAAAAUAUAUAU